ACAAAACUACAGUUCCCAUGAUGCAACGACAGCGCUUUAUUUAUAGGACCCGGAAGAGGUGUGCAGUUGCUGUUGUUUUGUUCAGUGAAAUUUAGCGACCUAUAUAGACAGAGCAGAUAUAGACGAGGUUAUGGCGUCUUCUCCUAAAGUAAAAAGAACCACUAAACCUAGAGAUGAGAAAGUAGCACAAAAUCUUCCCAGAUCCCAGAAGGAUGCAUAUGCCAGACUUCUGAAUCAGCAUCAGAAUGGCAAGUUUCGUUCUUACUUGCAAGAGUUUGCAAAGCAGCAGGUGGAGGAGAACAUGAGGACCCCAGUUAGCAGGUCUGUGAAUGAUAUAAACAGGAGAAAAAAAGGCAAUUCAGAAUCAUCUUAUUCUGGUGAUAGCUUAUCCUCUCAGCAAAGUAGACAAAUGGCUGACACUUCUAACUAUUUGCACACGGACAAAAAAAUCCAUCAGGCAGCUUGCACUGAAGUCCAGGGCAUGAAGCCUGGCAUGCUGGAAAAGCAUGCCAAAACGGUGUUACAUAAUGCUGCUGCACCCAAAAAGGUACCCUCAAAACAGGAGAGAAGUGAAAAAGACAUCAAAGGGAGCACAAAUCUAGUGGGAUCUGAGGAAGGUGAUGCUCAACAGUUGAGCGGUUCAUGUGGGGAGGAAAAAGCAAAGAAAAAAUCAAAGAAGAGGAGAUCAAAAAAAAAUGUGGAGAAAAAAGACAAGGGUGCGUGUGGUCCUGAAGUUGACACCAUUGUUGCUGGGAAGUCACCAAAUAAAAAUGUCAAAGCUCCUCAAGCUCAAGUGUCAAAAGAAAGUUUAUGUCAAAAUGACAAAGAUAAAAACACUAAUGAUUGUAGAGGCUCCCAGAAGCAACUGUUCGAGCAGUACAUGUCCACUGAGGAUGUUUCUGCAGGCCUAAAGAGAGGAGAACUCAUUCAGGGAUUACUGAGAAUAAACCCUAAGAAGUACAAGGAAGCUUUUGUCCCAUCUCCUGAUGGGUCAGCCGAUAUCUUUUUGGAUGGGAUUGCAGCUCGGAACAGGGCUCUCAAUGGAGAUGUUGUUGUGGUGAAAGUUCUCCCCCCUGAACAGUGGAAGGUACUUUAUCAUAAUGUACAUAUCAUAUAUACAGCUGUGAUUCCAGUUCUCAUGGAUCUGUGGAAAUGACUAAUAAUUCUGUAUUAUGCAGACAAGUAAUUUGGCAAUGUCACUUUUUAAAAAACUAAGCGUCUGCACACAUACACAUUCAAACCCGCAUACCUAUAGACUAAACAUGUAAAUGAACAGCAAAAACACAUUAAAAGUCUUAUGUUUUCAGUUAAAAAGGUGUCAUUUAUGCGGCCCAUAAGUUAAUAAUUAACAAUUUUUACAACGGAAGUGAUUGAAUCAAAGACUUACUUUAGCUUGAUAAUAACUUUUUCCUAGAGCUGCUGUAAAGCCAAAAUAAUCUCUGUCCAUUAAUUUAAUUUUCCUAUUAUCACUGUAAACCGCUUUGAAACUAUCCGUAUUGUAAAAACAGCUAUAUAAAUGAAGAUGACUUGACUGUGCCCAAAAGUAUUGGCAGUGAGAAAUUUUGUUUCGUAAAGUUUGUUGCUUCAUUAUUUGUAGAUUAUUUUUUCACGUUUCUAUGGUAUACUGAAAACAAUGCUAAGCAUUUGUGAUGCUAUCUGGGAAAACGCAUCGGAUGUCGCGAUGGAACAUUUUCCGUAGUCAAAAAAUUGUCAAAUGUCUUUUUUUUUUUUUGUCAAAAUUGGGUUUUCAUUAAAUUAUCAUUCUAUAACAUCUUGUCUAUCAUCUCUGAAAAUAUUGUAGCAAAAUUUGCCUGUUAAGUGCAGAAAAAUAGCGAAUUAUAGUGGCAAGGCUGUCUUUCUCUAACGUUACUGUUUAAGAACACACCUGGCAGAGGUAAAAAAAAAAAAGGGCCAUAGCUUUCCCUCUCUAAACACUACAAAGACAAAACCACAUAACAUCUAGAAUGAAGGUGUUUUAAUACAAAUUUCCCUCCAGUCCUGUAUAAACUACGGCACGCAAAGAUUUUUUUUCUAAUACAACGUUAUCAUGAGAAGGCGGAGUACAAGAGAACAACGGAGCUAUAAUAAACACACUAAAAAUAAAAUAAAAUAUAAAUAAAAAAAUAAAAUAUAAAAUAAACACAUUAUGUUUAUUAGAGGUUGAAUUCAAAUCAAAUACUGCCAAACUGCCCACACUACUUCUGAAUAGGAUGUCUACUUCAUAAAAUAUAUGACAAUUUGGAAAUAUAUGGCUCAGAUCACUCAAAUAAAUGGAGGCACCUUUAAAUGGUCAGAAAUGAAGCUUGGGUGUCAUCUAGUGAAAAAGUUUGGUACUGUGCCAAAACAAAAUAUUACUGAAAGCUAAUUUUUGAAAUAUUUCAACCUAAAAUUUGGAAUG